AUGAUCUCCCUCCCGCAGCAGCACACCCCACCCCCCAGCGCCAGCUCCCUCCCCCUCCUAUCCCAAGAUCAACUCACCACAGCCGCCAAUCCCAACCCCAACCCGACCCCCGACGCUGCACCGCCGCCGCAGCACCACCACCAAGGCCAACAACUACACCUUCAAUACCCCCGCCUCACAAUCCAAUACUGCACGCAGUGCAAAUGGAUGCUGCGCGCCGCCUACACCAACCCCCAAUCCCGAACCACCUCCGUUGCUCAACCCCAGAACCGCACUAACCUGAAUCCCCUCCGGCCCCGCCGGGCCCUUCGGGGGAAACACGGGAAACAGUUCGCGCAGGAACUCCUCUCGACGUUCGCGACGCAGCUCGGCGAGGUGGCGCUGCAGCCGGCGACGGGGGGCGUGUUCACGGUGACGCUGUAUCAUCGGCCGGGGGGUUCUUCUUCUUCUUCUGCUUCGGGACCAGAAGCAGAAGGGACUGAAGAUCCCGACGAAGCCGGGCAAGAGGAAACGGUCACCGAGUCGGUGCUGUGGGAUCGGAAGCGCGAUGGCGGGUUCCCUGAAGUCAAGGUGCUGAAAUCCCUCGUGCGGAAUGUGGUGGAUCCCGGGCGGGAUUUGGGACAUACUGAUCGGGCGUUGAGGAAGGGCCGGGACCAGGAGCAGCAGCAGAAACAAGAGGGAAAAGAGAAGUGUGAGGAUUGUCAAUAG